AUGAAUGCAAGAAGCCGGCUGAUCCGCCGCGCUGAAGCGUGUUCGUUGGGUGGGGUUUGGGACCAUUCGGCCAAACGGUUUGGACGUUUGGAUCUUUUUGAUAUGAUUGGGUUCAGUGGGGCUGGGAAGUGAGCAGGUCACGAAGGGAUCAGGGAGACUGUAGUCUUGGACUUGGCGACUUUAAGAGGGUGAGAUGGAUAUUUAAAAGCUUGAUUUAUUGAGAUAAUUUUACAGGGGAAUUACCCGUAGUGCGACUCUCAGAUUUUGAGGAAACUUGGCACAAAUCUUGAACAAUUUUUUCUAGGACACUGCAAGACUUCUAGCACGCAUUUUGAAGAUUCCUACAGGGGAAUUACCACUAAUCCGACGCUUAGAUUUUGAUGAAACUUAGCGCAAAUUUAGACUAUUUUUUUUUUUAAUAUAUGCGAGAACCUAGGCCACAUAUCAAUUCCGGAAAGCUUUAGCUCGCACCUUGUAACAUCAGCCGAGAUUUCCAACGAUCAUUGCGGCCGAGCGAAUACGGAAAAGGCCGAAUACGAAACGCUUUUUAACCAUAUUGAACUUGGAGUGCUUCCCCGUUCUAAGAGAGUUGGAUAA